AUGACUCCCAGCAAUGUGUGCUCCACAGGUGAGAAAUUUCAGUCUCGAUUGGAAGGAGGACGCCCUGGUGAUAAAUGCAACGAGAAUUGCAAAUGCAAGAAGAACGCAGCGUGCGACCUAGAAACGGAGAAAUGCGUCUGUGAGAGAGGAUGGACGGGCGACAACUGCGACGAACGCUGCCUUCCAGGCUCCUACGGGCGGAACUGCGAACUGCGCUGCCCCGACUGCCGGAAAGGUAAUGGGACUCUUCUCGAUCUCGUGCGGAUGUCACUAAAAAUUGCCACGACGUGGACGGACAGUGCCCGUGUAGAGACGGCUACUAUGGUGAAAAUUGCGAAAUCUGCCCUCCAGAUCGAUUUGGACGGCAUUGCCAAGAGAGAUGCAACUGCAGAAACGGUGGUGACUGUCUACACAUCACCGGAGCAUGUGCCUGCUUCGGUGGCUGGAUGGGGGAGAAAUGCGAAUUUCCUUGUCCCGAAGGCACUUUCGGCCAUGGCUGCCUCGAGAAAUGCAACUGCCCUGACGGAUGUCGAUGCAACGCGGCGAAUGGGAAAUGCGAGUGUCUGGGUGAGUGGAUGCCAGGAAGGUCGCAGGAAGGUAAUUCUCCCUGGCAAGUUUUGA